UACCCAAUAGACCACAACAUUCAGAUUAACAUAGAGUUCACUCUCUGCUCAUGAUAUUUCAUAGAACAAUACCUUCGGUGAAAGUAUCUUUAUUAGUCCUCUUUCCCAAUCGUUCAUUUACUCCAGUACCUAUCAUGUCUCUCAAACGCAAAGCCACCACAAAUCCUACAAAUGAUGCGAAAAAGCCUAAAGCAAACGGAUCAAUUACCUCAUUCUUUGGUCCACCCAAGACCGUUUCUUCGACUACUAAAGUCACUGGUACCUCGACGGAUACUAUUGCGUCAGCUCCAGCAACAUUCAAAUUUAAUAAGGAGAAAUGGGUAGCUACAUUGACAGAAGAACAGAAAGAUCUGUUGAAAUUGGAGAUUGAGACACUUCAUGAGAGCUGGCUGGCAGUGUUAAAAGAUGAGAUUAUAGGAAAAGAAUUUCUGGAAUUGAAGAAGUUUUUGAAGAAGGAAUUAGAAGGCAAAGAUAAGAUAUUUCCUCCCAUGGAGGAUGUUUAUUCUUGGUAUUUACAUCUGUUCCUUUAUGCAAUCUUUAUCUCUGCAUCAUUUACAUAUUUCUAUUGAACCUGGAUGACAGGUAACUAAUCAUAGCGAAUAAAUAGGUCAAGGCAUACACCUUUCAACACCGUCAAAGCCGUAAUCAUCGGCCAAGAUCCAUAUCAUAACUUCAACCAAGCUCAUGGUCUCUGUUUCUCCGUCCGCGCUCCUACACCGGCUCCGCCGUCCCUCAAAAAUAUCUUCAAGGCUCUCGCAAAAGACUAUCCAGACUUCAAACCCCCUCCGAAUAACGGUGGUCUCCUCACCCCAUGGGCAGACCGUGGUAUUCUUCUCUUAAAUACCUGUCUUACUGUUCGAGCCCACCAAGCCAAUUCCCACGCAAACCAUGGCUGGGAGAAAUUUACCCAGAAAGUCAUAGAUACAGUUGCUCUGAAAAGAACAAAAGGAGUGGUGUUUUUAGCAUGGGGAAGUCCUGCAGGGAAAAGAGUCGCAAAGGUGGAUAAAAAUAAACAUUGUGUUUUAUUGAGUGUACAUCCUAGUCCGUUGAGCGCGAGCAGAGGAUUCUUUGAAUGCCAACAUUUCAAGAAGACGAAUCAAUGGCUAAAAGAGAGGCAUGGAGAGGAUGCAGAGAUUGAUUGGAGUUUAGAUAUACCUGCUGUGGAAGCCGGUGUUUAGAAUGCUGUAAGCUUUUGUGCGAGACGAUGAUUCGGUGGGUAAUCUGGUUCUCGGUUGGUGUAGAAAAAGCUCUUGUUUCCAAAGGAUCAUUGUUCAAAAGAGAGUUGGGAAUCAUGAAUUGGGUACUGAAAAAUUAGGGGCCUAUAAUAACGGAGUCUCCUUGGUUAUGUGGGUUCAAUUCGUCUUUUAAUGAUAAAGGCCUUUGUUCAAACAGGUUCAAAUAUUGAGAAAAUCGGAAUAACUGGUCCAUCUCAAUGUCAAGCAACUAAAGGUCGUACAUAUUAUGCUGUAUUAUAGAGAAUGUUACGAUCAUCUGCCUUUAACCCCAUGAGGGACU